AGCGCAAAUAAUGCAGUUUGAUAGACUAUCGGUAGGUGGCAGCAGUGCGCCUCGCGGAUUCUGGUCUGCAGGAAAUGACAAAUCCCAAGAAGAAGACGCUUGUCGCAUUUUGAUUGGAUGGCUGUAAAGUUUGUUUCAGACAUGGCUGAAACACCAGGGGAAGGGGAUCCAGGAGGACCGUAUUUUAACAAAGAAAAAACAAAAUGCAGCCCCGACGAGGAGGCUAGGCUGGAAAGGCAACAUUUCUGGAGAAUAAUCGAUGCUUUUAGAUUUUACAGGGUCCAUAUCCAGGAGCAGGUCAAACGUGCUGAGCGUCAGUUUCAAAGCUUACCUCAGCGCCACCAGAAUUUGCUGCCAGCUGUUCAGUCCAACCUGGCCCGCAUCAGCAAGUGUGCAGACCACAACCAGGAGGUGCUGCAAGCCAUCAUUCACAAUAGCAUCCACAUGUUUGAGAACAUUGAGUAUGGCGAGAGGGAGGAUCCAAGGAAAGCGCGCCCAUCCUCUACAUUUGACAUGGACAAGCUCAAGUCCACCUUAAAGCAGUUUGUCAGAGACUGGAGUGAGACGGGCCGGGGUGAAAGGGACACCUGUUACCAGCCCAUCAUCCAAGAGAUCCAAAGACUCUUCCCAAGUGACCAAUAUGAUGUGUCUAAGGUGAGCGUGCUGGUUCCGGGUGCUGGUCUUGGCCGUCUAGCUUGGGAGAUAGCUCGGCUGGGUUACAUCUGCCAGGGCAACGAAUGGAGCUUCUUCAUGCUGUUCUCUUCGAACUAUGUUCUCAAUAGGUGUGAAAAGGUGAACUCUCUGACCCUGUACCCCUGGAUCCACCAGUUUAGCAACAACAAGAAAUCCUCAGACCAGACACGACCUAUCAGAUUCCCUGAUGUCAACCCUCAAAGCUUACCACUGGAUUCGGACUUCUCCAUGGUAGCAGGAGACUUCCUGGAGAUCUACACAGAACCAGAUUCCUGGGACUGCGUGGCUACCUGCUUCUUUAUCGACACAGCUCAUAACGUCAUACAGUAUGUGGAGACUAUCUGGAAGAUUCUUAAACCUGGUGGAGUUUGGAUCAACCUGGGUCCACUGCUGUAUCACUUUGAGAACAUGGCCAACGAACUCUCAGUUGAACUUAGCUACGAAGACAUUAGGACAGUGAUGGUUAAUUUCGGCUUCCGCAUAGAGGUGGAGAAAGAGUCUGUGCAGACCACCUACACAGAAAAUGAUCGCUCCAUGUUGAGGUAUGUGUAUGACUGUGUCUUCUUUGUGGCACGGAAGCCUGGAGAUUUGUAUUUUAACUGUCAAGAAGACGACCAACAACAGAAUUCACCACCGGCUGCAAAGUCACCACGACGAGAGGGAACAGACUGCCUGACGUGACAGCAAAUACGUUGCCUUGAACAAUAAGCGUAAAGGAGCACAACCAUUGGCUGAGAGAGGAUUGCUCUGAGAAGAUAAAAAAAGAAAACUGACACAGAAGGAAAACAAAUCAGUGGACAUAAAUUUUCUUUUUUGUGACUUAUUUUUUUAAUAAUGUGUCUUGUGGAGAAAUGUGCUCAACUCCAGAAACUUGUUUUCAGGAGGGAGACACACCAAGUACCUGAAUGUGGAAUAGGAACUUUUGCAGCACCAAGUGAUCUGUCAGACCUGGAAAUGUGCGUCAUCAUAUGCUACAGUGGUAUACUCUGCAGAGAAACCUUGUGAUCCUAAAUACUCGACAUCCUCUGAUCGCUGGGUUUGAGUUGAGUCAGAUCGCUCUGGCUGGUGUUUUACUUUUGUGGCGGUUUGUGUAUCAGCUGUAAGCCAUGAAGAGUCUCUUCCUUCAAUUAUUAAGGCCUGGAGUUUUACUCAUUCUCAUGCCCAUUGACUUUACCUGCCUGAGAUUGUGUGAGUGAAGAGGGUGACAUGUACAUUUACGUUUGAAAUUUAUUUAUUUUUUCAGAUAUGGUGCCAAUAACUACAUCUACUCAUUUCUAUUGAUCUACACUGAAAAUGUAAUCAAAACUUGUUUCAGCUUUUGAGGAAUAGGUGUUUUAAAGUUGGAAAUUACUGUCGUCAACUUUUGGUUGUUUCUAAUCACACUUUGCAAUAAAGCCAGACAUUUGA